AUGGGGUGGAAUCUCAGUCCCCAACUCUGCCUGGUUCCCUUGGUCCUGGGCCUUUUGUCUGGAGGUGUGAGCUCAACUCUGUUGCCUGAGGCCCAGCCCCAAAGCCCCUGCUCCCUGGAGGGGAUAGAGAUCACUGGGGGCUCCUUCCAACUCCUCCAUGAGGGCCAGGCUCUGGAGUACCUGUGUCCCUCUGGCUUCUACCCAUACCCUGUGCAGACGCGGGCCUGCAAAUCCUCGGGGUCCUGGAGCACCCUGCAGACCAGAGACAAAAAGAUUGUCAAGAAGGCAGAGUGCAGAGCUAUUCAUUGCCCAAGACCACAGGACUUUGAGAAUGGGGAGUUCUUGCCUCGGGCCCCCUACUACAAUUUGAGUGAUGAAAUCUCUUUCCAAUGCUAUGAUGGCUACACUCUCCAGGGCUCUGCCAAUCGCACCUGCCAACCGACUGGCCGGUGGGAUGGGCAAACAGCCAUCUGUGACAAUGGAGCGGGCUACUGCCCCAACCCUGGCAUCCCCAUUGGCACAAGGAAGGUAGGCACCCAGUAUCGCCUGGGAGAUAGUAUCACCUACCAAUGCAACCGGGGUCUCACUCUGCGUGGCUCAGAGCAGCGAACAUGCCUGGAAGGUGGCUUUUGGAGUGGAACUGAGCCUUCUUGCCAAGACUCCUUCAUGUAUGACACUCCUGAAGAAGUAGCUGAGGCCUUCCUGUCUUCCCUCACAGAGACCAUAGAAGGAGCUGAUGCAGAGGAUGGGCACAGCCCAGGAGAACAACAGAAGCGGAAGAUUGUCCUGGAUUCCUCGGGCUCCAUGAACAUCUACUUGGUGCUGGAUGGAUCAGACAGCAUUGGAACCAGAAACUUCACAGGAGCCAAGAGAUGUCUCAGUAGCCUCAUCGAGAAGGUGGCAAGUUAUGGGGUGAAGCCAAAAUAUGCUAUAGUGACAUAUGCCACAGAGCCCAGUGUUGUGGUCAGAGUGGGUGAUCAACACAGCAGUGAUGCGGACUAUGUCCUCGAGAAGCUCAAUCAAAUCAGCUAUGAAGACCACAAGUUGAAGACAGGGACCAACACCAAGAGGGCCCUCCAGACAGUGUACAGCAUGAUGAGUUGGCCAGGGGUUUCCCCUCCUGAAGGCUGGAACCGUACCCGCCAUGUCAUCAUUCUCAUGACGGAUGGUUUGCACAAUAUGGGCGGGAACCCAGUCACUGUCAUUGAUGAGAUCCGGGACUUGCUGGACAUUGGCAGGGACCGCAAAAACCCAAGGGAGGAUUAUCUGGACAUCUACGUAUUUGGGAUUGGCCCCUUGGUGGACCAAGCAAACAUCAAUGCUUUGGCUUCCAAGAAGGAUAAAGAGCAACAUGUGUUCAAAGUCAAGGACAUGGACCACCUGGAGGAUGUUUUCUACCAAAUGAUUGAUGAAAGCAAGUCUCUGGGUCUGUGUGGCAUGGUCUGGGAGCACAGGAAAGCUACGGACUUCCACAGGCAACCGUGGCAGGUCAAGAUCUCAGUCACACGUCCUGGGAAGGGACUAGAGACCUGUAUGGGAGCUGUGGUGUCUGAGUACUAUGUGCUGACGGCAGCACACUGCUUCACUGUGGAGGACGAGUUACACUCCAUCAAGGUCAGCGUGGCUAAGGACGAAAGUAAGGAUUUGGGGGCAUCAGAAGUCCUAGUUCAUCCCAACUACAACAUCAAUGGAAAAAAAGCCAAAGGAAUUCCUGAAUUUUAUGACUAUGAUGUAGCCCUGAUCAAGCUCAACAAGAAGCUAACGUAUAGCCAGACUCUCAGGCCCAUCUGUCUGCCCUGCACUGAGGCAACAACUCGUGCUCUGAGGCUCCCUCAGUCAGCCACUUGCCAGCAACACAAGGAAGAGCUGCUCCCUGCGAAGAACGUCAAAGCUUUGUUUGUGUCUGAGGUGCUUCAGAAGGAGAAGAAGAUGCUGGCUCGGAAGGAGGUCUACAUCAAGAAUGGUGAUAAGAAAGCCAGCUGUGAGAGAGAUGCUCAAAAGGCUAAAGGUUACAGCAAAGUAAAAGACAUCUCUGAGGUGGUCACCCCCAGGUUCCUUUGCACUGGAGGGGUGGAUCCCUAUGCUGACCCCAACACUUGCAAAGGUGAUUCCGGUGGCCCCCUGAUUAUUCACAAGAAGAGUCGCUUCAUUCAAGUUGGUGUGAUUAGCUGGGGUGUAGUGGAUGUCUGCAUAGAUCAGCCACAAGGGCACAGACGAGCUCAGCAACAGCAGAUACCUGCCUACGCCCGUGACUUUCACAUCAACCUCUUCCAAGUGCUGCCCUGGCUCAAGGAGAAACUGAAAGAUGAGGGCCUGGAUUUUCUAUAA